UCAGAGUUUGAAGGUGGUGAAUCAUGACUCCGAGGGAGCAACUGAGGAAAAUGACAGCACUGGGAGAACAGGGGGGAUUGGAUGAGAAACACUGGUAUCGUCUGGUUAACGGCAUGUCUGCUGGAGAGCUAAGACAGAGACAGGAGUUAAUGAUAAGGAACCAGAUGGCCAUGGCUCCUCAGAUUCUGGCCCAGGGGGAGCAGAGGUUACAAGGAGUUCCAACGCAAUUUGAACCUCACUUCAUGGAGAGGGAGUUGGUUCCUCCAACAGAGGUGGUGUCUUCUGAGGCCAGACAAAUGCACAUGGGGCCUCACCUUGGUCCACCUCUGACACCACAUGCCAAUGUCCUACCAGGAAGAGGCUUCCCUGGAACAGCCGGCUACAGCUUCUUGUCUACGGAGCCAGUGGAAACAGUUGCUCGUCGUCAGGAGCUCAUUCAUAAGCAAAAUAUUGCCAGGAUGGAGAUGAAUGCCAUCUUGCAUCAAAAGGAGCUAGAAAAUGCCCACCGGAAAGGACUUCUAGGAAUCGAUAAUCCCAUGUCUUAUCCCUCCAACCACAUGGCUUUGAGGUGUCGUCAGCGCAUGCCAGAUGGACAUGACGUCUUUGUCCACCGCCCCACCAUGGACGAUCUUCAAUCCAACAACAUACUCAUGUCUACCAGCCCAUAUCCACCAAUUAGCACGCUGCAUAGAGAGAGAGGACGCAGGGCUGGCAGGAGACCCACAGCCCACAAGAGUGCUGAGGGUCAUGCUGCCAACCUCAAGAUUCAAAGUGAAGAUAAAAGUGCAAGCCCAGGAGCCACAUCAGGGGAGGAGAAGGAAGCGGAGCCAAAAGGGGACAUGGGAGAGGACUGUGUGGCCAGUAAAACAAAUCACCAAACCAAAAUAGGCUCUGAACUUACCACAGGAAACAGGAAGAAUUAUAAAGAAGGGGAGGCAAACCUGAGGAAAGCCGGUGUGACCAAUCAAGACACUUGCACUGAUGGGACCAAUGGUGGCUCAACAGAUAAAGACAUAUCCAGCCAAUGUCCCUCGUUCAUGUAUCCCUCAGCAGGUGGAGGCCUCACAGGGAUGCCUUACAUGUUUCCAGUCCCAGGGAACAGUUUCCUCCCAACUGGUUCACGGAAUGUUUUUCUUAAUGGGGAUGAUGUGUCUGAGGACAUAAGAAAGUGGACGGUCCAUGAUGUUUACAACUUUAUCAACAGUAUACCCACAUGCUCAGAAUAUGCCCAGACAUUCAAGGACCACAUGAUCGAUGGAGAAACACUACCACUGCUCUCAGAGGAGCAUCUGCUCGACACACUGGGUCUCAAGCUGGGGCCAGCACUUAAGAUCCGAUCACAGGUGUCGAAGCGCAUGGGGAGCAUGUUUUACAGCAUGAACUUACCUUUGUCUACUAACACCGUGCAGGGGACUCUUGAGAAGCCUGGGGAACGUUCCUCAGACAUUGGUUCGCCUGUAAACUGCAACAGUGAGGACUUGAUGGCGAGCCCACGAGACACUGAUGUCCUCAAGUCCACAGAGCAUAUCCGUGAUACAGAAAUUAAUUCCCCUCCAUCUGCCUGCAGUGAAACAGUUUGA